CCAGGGUAGAGAGGGAAACAGGAACAGAAAGUGAAGACAUGUCAAGAUGUCUGGGUGAGGGGGACCAGAGCCGAGCGGCAGCCAGACGCCAAAACACAGAAAAACCCUCCAGACGCCUGAGCAGCUGAGUGGAUUAGACAUGAGAGGAGACCUGACCUGCCACUUCACAAGUGCCUGCAGGACCUACUUUACCAGCUAAAGUGCCUCACCUCGUGUUCUCUUCUCCAGCUGAGCCGCUGAAGAGAAGUUUUCAUCCGAGGCCUGAGGAGAAUGAUGCAGUCAGACACUUCUGAACGCACAGAGACGCGACCAAAGUGAAGCACCUCUUCACAACUGGAUUAAUCUAAACCAAGAGCAAGAGGACAAUAGGUGACUCUAGAGGACGAAGACCAACAAAACAAUACGUGGAAUGUCAAGUGGCAAUAAAAGAAGACAAACAAACUUGGCUGCAGAUUUCAGGCUUUUACCCUGAGAUCAAAAUCAUCAGAUUUCAAAGAGGCCCUCGUAUAAACACACAAGCUUUUUGUCUUUUGGAUUUUGUUUAAAAAAAAUGUAAAUACUCCAGCCCUUGACGCAUCUGCAAAUUCAUCUUCCUCAAAUAUGAGCCGGAUCAGAUACUGCUGCGUCUCAGGGAAACUCUCUGAAGGCAGAUCUCCAUGAGAAAAUGAGAAGUACAUGAAGGUUCAGAGUCAAGUCACCAGAGAUAUCUGACCCCCACAGCUGUUGGACUGCCGAACAGUAAAAAAGUCACAUCUCACCACUUUAAAGCUGGAGUCAAAUGAAAGGACUUUCAACACAAAUUAACACCAUAUCUUAAUUGUAUUGGUAUUUCCAGAAGCCUUUUUAUGCUCGUUUACUAUCUUGUAAACUUCAAAACUCUCCAGAAGAUCCAUUAAAAACUUUAAAGCAGCCACAGACUUAAUUAAAAAGCUGUCACAGUUCUGCAUCCUGAAGCCAUGGAGGAGCCAAUUGACAGCGUUCAGGAUUUCUUUAACCAAAUGUGGAGGUUCACCACCGACAAACACAACCAGGGGGUUUACAACACCGUCUGCCUGGUGGUCCUCCUCACGCUCCCCCUGCUGGUCCUCCUCAUCACUCUGGUGGUGUGCUGCCACUGCUGCUGCUGUCGCCAUGCCAACGGCUGCUGUUGCUACCGCAGGGACGCCAUGGCAACUGCAAGGUCGGAGACGAAGAAGAAGAAGAAUUCGGCGAACACGGACGACUUGUGGAUUUCUGUUAAGACGGGGCCAAUGACACCUGACAGGAUUCCACUGGACAUGGUGUAGGGAUGCAUUUUUUUGUAAUUGCUGAUCCUGGGCCAGUCGGAGCAGCAGAGCCAAUCAAGUGUCGCAAAAGUCAUCCCACACUUGAAGCAGGCUGGGGAUUCUGUUUAAACUGAUGGGAGGCACAUCACAUUGGAAUGGGCACAGAUUUGAUAGACAUAUGUAAACAGUGCAGAUUGUUUUUUAGUUUGUGGGGAUUUGAUUUCAUUGUUUACAGCUUUUAGUUUGAGCUUGUUGGCGCCGUACAUACAAUAAAAAGACAGGCUUUUAUAUAUAUAUAUAUAUAUAUAUAAGCGUACAAAUGUGUGUCUUGGAUAGAGCGGAGGCAGUGUGUGUGUGUGUGCGUGUGUCUUUGCGUGUGUCUUUGCGUGUUUGUAGAGUGUUAUUGAAAGCACUUUGUUCUUUGAGCCCCCAUGUGAAAUUCAUUGCGUCUGUAUUUGAGAGAGAGACAAUCUAAGGUCUGCCCAGCAUUCAAAAGGCUAUAAUACUGCUUACCUUUCACAUUGAGGCUGCGCUGUAGAGCCGUGAUUCACUCGCACUUUCAGAAUGAAAAUGCACUGAUGUCCAAGCUGUCAAACUCAAAGGAUGCACAAAGAAAAUUAGGCUUCGAUUUGUUUCCUACUUUUGCGUUAUGUGCGUGAUAUGAUACAAUUUGGUCCAAGAGAGAAGCACUUCUCCAAUUUGUUUAUUUUUAUUUUGUCUUUGAGAAUGUUCCAGUAUUAAGGUCAGGUCUACCUUGAAGGCACAGUUCUUAUCAAAGGAUUUGAAAAAGAAAAGCAAAAACUACAUUUAGAAUCUGCGGUCCUUCCCAAAGUGUCUGACAGAUCUUCCAGGUCACUGAUCAACACUCGGAAACAUCUGCGUCUGCAUCCGAGACAGGAACGUUUUCUGGGACUGUAUUUAUUUAAUUCUCUGCUGUUGUGAAAUCUAGUAUAAGCUACUGAUGAAGUAACAAUAAAAAUGAUUACUCAAAUAAAAAAUGCCCUUAAAUUCAAGAGAGCUCUAGAAGUCUGAUGAGGACCAAGCUUUAAAACAAGUCAUUGUUUGAUUUUAUAAAAAUCUUCAGUCAUCACAGACAUAUUAAAACAAUAUAAAUAUAUAUAAUUAUAGUAAUAUAAUAAGAUGGAUAAAUAUUUUCAUUUCAUUUGAACUUUUAACAGGAAGCCUCACUUUUUGCAAGUAGAAAGAGAAAGCAGUAGCUAUUAAUUGUGUUUUUAGUGACUUUUUAUGCAAGGAUCGGUGUGAUGUGGUAGCUUGUCUUAUCAUUCCACUGUACCUUUGAUGGUGGAGGAGCGAGCUGCUCAAAAAAAGGGCCUGAGCUAAAGAAGUUUGAGUUUUUAAGUCGUCUCUUUGAAGCAUUGUUAAGUAUCAUUCUUAUAAGUUAAUUAAUACAGGCCCAGGUAUGUAUCCAUGAAUAAACCCUGUAAACACAGCAGCAGUAUAAUUACAUUCAGCCGAGAAACAAUCUCAAUGCUAAUGUAUUUCAUCUGUAAGUCAAACUCUUCAGUUAUGCAUGUCAAAAUAACUCUCAUGAGUUAUGUGGUCAAGAAGAAGCAUUCAAAGUCGAUUUCUGAACUAAAUUAACUUAACAUUUUCUUUGAAUAUUCAAGAAGAAGAGAAACCUUAGAAUCAAUCAAACGGUUUGAUUUGAGUGGUUGGUGCCUGAAGGCUCUUUUUAUUUCUUUAAGGCGCGUGAUAACUCAGAACCCAAUUAGGCAGAAGCAUCUCGGCAGGAUGAGUUUACACUGCAGCUGAGUCGAUUUUCCUGCUCGAGUUCUGCUGGGAAAUCAGGACCCGGCUCGAAUACACACACACGUUCCUCUUCGGAGAGGGAGGUUCUGCUCCAUGUUCACACAGAUUUUGGGUUUAAUAUUAAGCCCUUGACCCGUAAAACAAAACCAGCGAAGUCUCAGUAGCAAUGGGUGGUGACGAAUUAGUGUUUCCUCCCACACUGAGGGGAUUGCCAGGAGAUAACUUCACUGACAUGUUUAGCCAACACCUGAACAUGUCAUUGUGGUUUAUAAUAGAUUUACAGAGUCUUUAAUCCUAUUGGCUGUGGCAGGCGUUCUCAACACCAAAAUGAAAAUAAUAACAAAUGGGCAGGUAAAAGACAGGAAAUGUGGAUUCAAAAAGCUCAGGCUUUAGCACAAAGACUGGAAACAGGUAAUGUUCAUUUGUGUAAUUAUUUAAUCUGCAAAAACAGAAAAGACAUGUUUCAUAAAGGGAAAUAUUAUUAUAUUGUCAUUUUUACUCUUUUCCAGAACAUUUCUGUGUAGAACGGUAUUUGUGAGCUUCUUCCAGAGCCAUAAACUCGCUGUUUUCUCUUCUGUUUCCACUCUUUGUACUGACUGACUGCGGGCUCCGACGUUAUAUUUAGUUCCUAAGACCCGAGAGCAGUUUCAAUCUUCUCAUCUAAUUCUCGACAAGCGAGCGAAUCAGCGUAUUUCCCCAAAAUGUCAAACAAUUAUUUUUAAACCACCAGAAGAAGAGCUCUACGAGAAAUUUACAAGAUUGAUCCGACUCUCCAACCUGAGACGCUGGAGCAGGGAGUCGCAGCGGGGAGUCUCAUGCUGGAGGAUCUAAAACCAGACUCAUCAUUGAUUUCAACACCGUGGGGAUGGUUGAUAUUAACAUCCCAUUUGACUAUUAAUCUUUUUUGAUUGGGUUUCCACAUUAAAUUAGAAUCUCUUCUUCUCAGUUUUCAUUUCAGCCAGGCAGCAAAAAAUAACAGUUUUCUGUUUCACUCAAUAAUUCACACACGAAUGCUGAUAGCUACAUUUAAUUUAUUCCUUUCUCGGUCGCCUCCCAGCAGCAGUCGGUUAUUAGCGGACUAUGAGUUACUGAUCCUCAUUAUCACAUGUUUCACAUCCGUCAACCAGUAUUGUCUGUGUGUGUGUGUGGGGGGGGGGGGGUUACAGGCCUGUGCUUAAAAUGUAUAUUAUGCAGCAGUGUUGGUUGCAUUAAUGCCCCCCCCCCCCCCUCUUGGUUUUAAUAUGUUAACACAUCAUUCACGUUUUCCUUGUCGACACCUGUCAAGCAGCAUUUUUUUGUAGCAUUGAGCCUCAUCGUGUUUUGAUUUCCCUCGCUUUGAACAUUUAUUUCCCAGGGUCUCUGUAUCAGCUGCAACCAGCGGCAGGAGGCAGCAGGUAUGAAAUAUAAUAUAUAUAUAUGUUUUUCUUCUGGUGUCAGGUCGCUGCGAUCACAGGGAGAGGAGGUGCAGGAUUUGUCUAUUGUUUGAAAAGCAAAUCAGCUGGACGUUUUUUUAUAUGAUAGCACCACUUUUUUUUUUAUCCCCUCCUAUUAUGCAUGAUAUUUUGUAUUGAGGACAUGUUUCUGUUGUUUCCACACUUGAAAAAAAAUGCUGAGGUGAUUUUUCUAUUUUUUUUUUAUGUGCCUGGCUGGGCUUUGUGUGUAGCUCUGCAUGCAUAAUUUAACCUGACAUAUAGAGAAACGAUGAUAAAGGAGAGCAAAUGUGGGAGAUGACGGCAAAUAAAGUAUUUUUCUAUCUUU